AUGAGGGCCCUGUCGUUCCAGCCUGCUCGGGCUGCCAAGGUCCGGAAUUCCAGAGCGAAGUCCUGGGCGCUCCUCGUCCCCUGUCUCAAAUGGAAGAGCCUCGCCCCCGCCGCUCUGCCCUCAGGUGGAUGGUCGAAGACGGCCCUGAAGCGACAGGUGAACUCCUCGAAGUGGUCUGGUGCCAUGUCUCCUUCUCUCCACACGGCGUUUGCCUACUCCAGCGCUCUUCCUGUGAGACAGGAGACGAGAGCGGCCACUCUCUCCCCUCCUGAGGGAGCUGGGUGGUCUCAGCAGCCCUGUGUGACACCCUCUGUGAGUGGUAGUGGGCACAAAGAGUCCUCAGAGAGGAUGUUCCUAUGGGCAGGAAGCAAAGGAGCUCAGGGAUCAGGAAGUGAGAGAAGGACUAUUUAUCAGAAGGUCCGGGAAUAUGACGUGCUAGACAAGAGGAAGACAGUGACAGCGCUGAAGGCUGGGGAGGACAGAGCUAUUCUCCUGGGACUCAGCAUGAUCCUCUUCUCUGUGAUGAUGUACUUUGUGCUGGGCAUUACCAUGGUGCACUCCUACUCAGACAGACAGCAAUAUGUCAGAGAGCACCGGGGUAGAGCUAGCUAUACACAGGUCAGUAACUCUUUAAUUCUGCUCCCUACCCUCCCCACCCCUAUGCCAUGUAGUGUGUGGACGGAGGAAUCCAGCUGCACUGUGCUCAACUCCACCAUCGUGGCGGAGAUUAACUGUACCUACAGCUGCGGCUCCGAGUGCUGGAAAAGCUCCAAGUACCCGUGCCUACAGGUGUUUGUCAGUCUCAACACAUCUGGAAAGGUUGUCCGACUCUCCCACAAUGAGGAGGCACAGGACACCAACCCAGAGUGCUUCUAUGUGCCCAAAUGCCAGAAGGACUUCAAUGCGAUCCACACUGUAGUCAUGAAAAUCUUGGAGCGUCUGAAAACACAGCAGCAGGUGCUAUGUUACAUGGACCCAGGUGAACAGCAGGACAGUGCUCUACUGACACGCAUCUAUGGACGAUUGGCAGUGUUCCACUCACUCUUUUGGCCAACCUGCUCCCUCAUUGGUGGAACCAUCAUCAUCGCCAUGGUGAAGCUCACCCAGUACCUGUCCAUCAUGUGUGAACAGCUGGGCAGAAUCAAAAGGUGAGAGACAGGGGACAGGGGCCAGGCUACAAGGCCAGGGCACAGGGGCCAGGCUACAGGGGCCAAGGGAUAGGCUACAGUAGCAGCACAAGGCCCUGGUUUUCAUACGCAGCCUA